CAUAAACCUAAUGGCAAGUUAAAGUGUACUGUUAGCUAGCUAAUGUUGGCAGGCUGGCUCGCUAGCUAACGUUAUGUGUAUGCUCUCCACUUUUUGGAGGACCGAGUUUUGAAAUCAGUGGAAUUGAUAUGGUAGCUAAGGAUAUGGAGAAAAAACACCACUAGUCUGGAUUACAUUGUCAAACUAAGGCAACCAUGCAUGGCAUCAGACAGGAAACGCUUCCAAACAUGAUGCAUACUGAUAACCUCUUCUGUCUACUGUCUGACUUGACAGACACCACCAUGCUGGCCGCCUGGUCGCUCCCCUGCUGCUUCACCAUCCUGUUGGGCCUGUUAGAACUGUGCCGGGCCCAGUACGAACACCUAGGCUACCCACACGGCUAUCCACAGGGCUACCCAGAGCCUGAGCAGGAGCAGUACAGUGCCCCGGAGCUGCCACCUGACACACCCAGGAUACAGCUGCGUUUGGCAGGGGACAAGCGCAAGCACAACGAGGGGCGCGUGGAGGUUUUCUAUGAUGGCGAGUGGGGCACAGUCUGUGAUGAUGACUUCUCCAUCCAUUCUGCCCAGGUGGUGUGCAGGGAGUUGGGCUACCUGGAGGCGGUCUCCUGGUCUCCAUCCUCUAAAUAUGGGAAAGGAGAGGGACGCAUCUGGUUUGACAAUGUCCAGUGCACUGGAAAAGAGAAGACCCUGGCACUGUGCACCUCCAACGGGAUUGGUGUGUCCGACUGCAAGCACACAGAGGACGUAGGUGUGGUGUGCAGUGACAAAAGGAUCCCCGGAUUUAAAUUCAUCAACACCAUGGCCAAUAAUGUGCAGAGUUUAAACAUUCAGGUGGAGGACGUGCGUAUCCGGGCCAUUCUGUCGUCAUAUCGCAAGCGCAUCCCAGUGACGGAGGGCUACGUGGAGGUGAAGGACGGAGGGAAGUGGAAGCAAAUCUGUGAUGUGGAGUGGACCAAGCACAACAGCAGAGUCAUCUGUGGCAUGUUCGGUUUCCCCGGAGAGAGGAAGUACAACGCCAGAGUCUACAAGAUGUUUGCUCGCAGGAGAAAGCCCUCUUACUGGGAUUACUCUGUCAACUGCACUGGAAACGAGGCCCACGUGUCAAGCUGCAAGCUGGGCCAUGCCGUGGCAGCAAAGGCCAAUAGCACCUGUGGUGGGGGCACGCCCGUGGUGGUCAGCUGUGUGCCAGGAAGAGCCUUCUCCCCAACCCCCAUGACAGGCUUCAGGAAGGCCUUUAGACAAGAGCAAACGUUGGUGCGUCUGCGAGGUGGGGCCAUCGUAGGGGAAGGUCGUGUGGAGGUGCUAAAGAACGGCGAGUGGGGAACCAUCUGUGAUGAUAAUUGGAGCCUCCUGUCAGCCACAGUGGUGUGUCGAGAGCUGGGCUUCGGGAGUGCCAAGGAGGCCCUGUCUGGUGGUCGGCUUGGACAGGGCAUGGGCCCAGUCCAUAUGAAUGAGAUUGAGUGCUCUGGCUUUGAGAAGUCCAUCACAGAGUGCUUCUUCAACAAAGAGUCGCUGGGCUGCAGCCAUGAGGAGGAUGCAGCCGUGAGGUGUAACGUCCCAGCAAUGGGCUUCCAGGAGAGGCUGCGUCUGAGUGGGGGACGUAACCCAAACGAGGGGCGUGUGGAGGUGCUGGUGGAGAGGAACGGCUCCCAGGCAUGGGGUACGGUGUGCAGUGAUGGCUGGGGCACCAUCGAGGCUAUGGUCGUGUGCAGACAGCUUGACCUCGGCUUUGCCAGCAAUGCCUUCCAGGAGACGUGGUACUGGCCAGGGGAGGUGAGUGCUGACCCUGUGGUGAUGAGUGGAGUGCGAUGUUCUGGCACUGAGAUGUCCCUUUCCCAGUGCCUGCACCAUGGAGCUCAUCUUACCUGUCCUAAAGGAGGGGGACGCAAUGCUGCCGGAGUCUCCUGCUCAGAGACUGCCCCUGACCUGGUGCUGAACCCCCAGAUAGUGGAGCAGACCACCUAUAUGGAGGACAGGCCCAUGUUCAUGCUGCAGUGUGCCUAUGAGGAGAACUGCCUAUCCACCACCUCCAGUGAGACCCCUGCCAGCUCUCACCGCCGCCUGCUGCGCUUCUCCUCCCAGAUCCACAACAACGGGCAGUCUGACUUCCGUCCCAAGGCUGAACGCCACUCCUGGGUGUGGCAUGACUGCCACAGCCAUUAUCACAGCAUGGAGGUGUUCACCCACUACGACCUGCUCAGCCUCAACGGCACCAAGGUGGCAGAGGGACACAAGGCCAGCUUCUGUCUGGAGGACACCGAAUGUGAAGAGGGUAUUGAGAAAAGAUAUGAGUGUGCCAACUUUGGGGAACAAGGCAUCACUGUGGGCUGCUGGGAUACGUACAGACAUGAUAUUGACUGCCAGUGGAUCGACAUCACAGACAUUAAGCCCGGAGAUUACAUAUUCCAGGUUGUUAUUAACCCUAACUAUGAGGUGCCUGAGUCCGACUACUCCAAUAACUUCAUGAAGUGCAGAUGCAGAUACGACGGCCACCGUAUAUGGAUGUACAGCUGUCAUAAUGGUGGUUCGUUAAGCACUGAGACUGAGGAGUCCUUCCCUGGGCUACUGAACAACCAGGUUAUACACAGAUAAAAGAGGAGAACAGAAUCAUCACCACCACAGAGAGACUGCCAAAAAGCCCCCAAACCCCUCGCUCUCUCCCCCUGUCUCUCCCUCCCAGUCAGCAAUCCAGGAUAACUAUUUUAUUGUGUUGCCAAUACACGCCUACAGCUGUUAUGAACCCUCCUAGUGGGGAGUGCCACAGUAUAUGGACAGCACUCAUUGGUUAUGCCUAAAGAAGCAACCCACUGCCCACCUCUUUCAGACAUCCCCUCUGCUUCUUAGGCAGACCAUUUGAUGUAUCCUUCUGUCUUCCCAGAACCAGGUAGCCUCUCCCAGUCCCAGCUCUCUGGUUGAGGUCAAUACGGGAUUGAGAGUUUCUCUGUCACGCUUGGGUUAGAGACAUGAAAUGUACAACCCCACUGCUCCCCACUAGAGGUGAUGAUGAGACUCAUAUGGCACCCUAUUCCCUAUAUAGUGCACUAUGUUUGGGCCCUGGACAAAAUUAGUGCAUUAUAAAGGGAAUUCGGCCGCACUUUCUUUUUUUUUUUAUAUGAUAAAGCGUUAAUUCAAAAGGUAAUUUUCCCGGAGUUUGGAUAUCUCUGACAAUAAUUCUCUCUCUUGGACUAUGAACAAAGGCAUAUUUGGGAACACUACAGACUUUAUUGAUCAUUAGCUAAUAAUAGUUUGUAAUGGCUUUAUGCAGUAGGUGCCUCAUGUAGGCUACUCUCUGAGUAGCUUAAUGAAGAUGCUUAUUGAGGAUACAGUACAGUACAAUACCAUAAUAGAAUGCAAUAACUAACUGCCAGUAAGUGCAUUGCUGUUGGGAAAUGUUUAACAAACAGUCUUAUUCCAAGAGAUGUCCUGUGCCUUUUUUUUCUCACUUUGUGCAGCAAGUUGAUUUCAUAAUUUAUUCGAUUUCCUCUUCCUUGGGAAAUUUAGACAACAUCAUUUUGAAGUGCAGGGUUGUUACCCUCACCAAUCUUUUCAUCUGUGGUACAGGGUACUCCCUCAGAUGUCAUCAGUAUGCUCAACAUGCUCUAUUUGAAGUUAUUCUGUGGUGUUCUCUCACUCUGACAUCUGUAAUAAACCCAGUACCAGUCCCAAGUGCCUGAAAAGUUCCUUUUCCAUUGUAAAAACUGUGACCAAAUAGCAGACAUUAGUCUGCUCCACACCACAACAGAGUGGUGGUGGUACGGUAGUUAAAAUGGAGGGAUACAACUAAUCCCCCUCAGUGCCUUAUAGUGAGAAAAUACAUGUUUUUUUGUUUGUUCAUGAAUGUCGAAAAGGAAACAAUCUCAUAUUUUCCAGCAAACAUCAUAAGUAACUUAUUGUUGUAAAAGUCAGGGAUUUUAAAAUCAAUUUUUUUUCUUUGUUUUUUUCUUUUACAAUAAUGUGUGUGCGAGUGUCUCAUUUUAUUGUACUUUUUAUAAUGGUGCUACCCAACUGUCAUCCUCUGUUUUAUGAGGGUACAGUGACAGCUGAAUCGCUAAAGUAUGUUAUGUAUGCUAACUGUAUACUUGAUUGGAGUGUUUAAAUCCAUAAUUUGCUUUGUUAACUAUAUUAAAGGUAAGAUUUAAUGAGCAAACAAAUCAAA